CGAGAGGGAUUAUGUAUUGAAAAUCAAAUAAGAUAUCAGUAGCUUUACAAAAUCCAUACGCGAUAGAUGAUAUACGCUGCUGCUGAGACGUGUCAAAAUAAAUAUGCGCUAUUAGAGGUUUCGCGCGACGAGGAGUACGGAGAUUUUUUUUGUUGUUUCUGUUGUUGUUGUUGGGUUUGCACAACUGUUGCGGGUGAAAGAGCUGGCGCGGGUCUUGUUGAGCCGUUGUUGGAGCAUAUUCUUGCGAAUGACUUACCGUCGCAUUUCGGUCGCUCAGCAGCAAUUUACGUUUGCCGUCGUGCUCGUUCACAGUUUCGCGGUGGGUUGGAAGAGAUCGCGCGCGUUUUCCAGGCCGACCGUGCUGGAUGGAUUGUAACGGGUUGCUUGGAUCCGGCCUACUGCAACACUAAAGUGGCGGUGAUGAAAGAUUGUGAGCUUGAUUGCGUUUUUGGAAGAUAAGUGCGAAUUGAUUUGUUAAAAUAAUAUGCAAUAAAUUUCUAGAAACCGUGGAAGAAUUGCGUUUAGAGAUGUGAAAAUAUACGUCCUGUUGGAUUAAAAUACUCCUCACGACGAGAGCAAACAGAAGAAGCAUAAAUCAGUGAAUGAUCGUUAUAGUUUGCUGAAACAGAGUCUACGGCAGUGAACGGAAUUAUGCCUAUAGUGUUAUACCUCAAGUGUGCGUUCGGAAGUGAUAGAUAAAAGUGUGGCCGAGUUUGCGAAAGCGAUUGGCAAGUGAAAAUUACCCACCGCCAUCAUUGGUUCAAAAUUGCACCCAACACGAACAAUCUGGCGGUGGUUAGACAACCAUCCAUGGCCGUUGGGCCGCCGACGGGAGGAUCAGGAAAUCCUCCGCAAAUACCAGUCCAGCCACACCCGAUUCUAGCACCUAGUCCGCUGUUUGCCUUACCGACAUUGAACUUUACGGCGUCGCAGGUUGCGACCGUUUGCGAAACACUGGAGGAAUCCGGGGACAUUGAACGGCUGGCGCGGUUUCUAUGGAGCCUACCAGUGGCCCACCCGAACAUCUCGGAACUGGACCGUUCCGAGGCGGUGCUGCGAGCGCGGGCGAUAGUUGCAUAUCACACGGGACACUUUAGGGAGCUGUACACGAUACUGGAAAGGCACAAGUUCACCAAAUCGUCCCAUGGAAAACUACAGGCAAUGUGGCUAGAAGCGCACUACCACGAGGCAGAAAAACUACGCGGACGACCAUUAGGACCAGUCGAUAAGUACCGCGUCCGGAAAAAAUUUCCGCUCCCAAGGACCAUCUGGGACGGCGAGCAGAAGACCCACUGCUUCAAAGAGCGCACGCGAAGCCUGCUAAGAGAGUGGUAUCUCCAGGAUCCAUAUCCGAACCCGACCAAGAAGCGGGAACUGGCCCAGGCCACCGGUCUCACCCCGACCCAGGUGGGAAAUUGGUUUAAAAAUAGACGCCAACGGGACCGAGCUGCGGCGGCCAAAAAUAGGUAA